UGUCGGUGCUCCUGCAGGAGAAGGAGGAGCUGGAGGAGAAGCUGCGAGCGGAGGAGGAGGCUACGAGGCGGUCCCUGACGGAGCCCAGGUACCUCUACCUCCAGCAGGAGCUAGACAGCCUGAGGUGGUGCUGGAGAUGAAGACGUCCCAGCUGCACCUCAAGGACAAGAAGCUGAUGGAGAUGGAGAAGCUGGUGGACACCAACGCGAAACUCGAGGAGUAUAUGAACCGGGUGCGGCAGGAGAACGAGGACUACAGAGCCAGGAUGAGCAAGCACGCUGCGCUGUCCAAGCAGCUGACCAGUGAGCAGGCCCUGCUGCAGAAGAACCUUCAAAAGGAGUCGAAGGUCAACAAGCGUCUGUCCAUGGAGAACGAGGAGUUGCUAUGGAAACUGCACCACGGCGACCCGCUGGGCAGCCCCCGCCAGCUCUCGCCUACCUCACCCUGCCACUCGCCGCCGAACUCUCCCCACUUUCCCACGGCCCCGCCUCUGUCCCCAAGAUAACCCCGCCCCCCUCUCACACACACACACACACACACACACACACACACACACACACACACACAAGCAACACAGUCCCCGUGUGCUGUGCACGUCAGACAUUCCCAUCGACUCUUUGUCCUUCAUCAUCAUCACAAACCCGCGAGGCUGCUGCUUUGCAUCCCACGGGAACAUUCAGAAACCAGACUGGAAAUCACAACAGACUUAACCCUCCCUCUCUCUCUCCCUCUCUUUCUCUCUCUCUCUCUCUCUCUCUCUCUCCCUCUCACUCUCUCUCUCUCUCUCUCUCUCUCUCUCUCUCUCUCUCUCUCUCUCUCUCUAUCUCUCUCUCUCUCUCGCUCUCUCUCUCUACCAAGCGCCAGGUGUCUCUCGCCCCUCGGCCUACUCAGGGUCUGUACAUACGUAGUCUCUCGUCCUCUCCUCUCGGUGUUGAUAUCUUUACCUCUUGUGUUUUGACUUGCUGCCAUUCCCAACAUACCUGUGUGUGUGUGUGUGUGUGUGUGUGUGUGUGUGUGUGUGUGUGUGUGUGUGUGUGUGUGUGUGUGUGUGUGUGUGUGUGUGUGUGUGUGUGUGUGUGACCGACACGGCCUUGGCCAAUGGGAGCGGGGCAGUGUGGUAUCCAUGGCAACCUGCCUGGGCGUGGUUGUCCUCCCUGGGAACGGACAGAGCCUUCCUCUUCCCAUGCCGCCCUCAAAGACUUCGUAUUUUCUUUUUCUCUUUUUACAAAGAGCGACAGCCAAUCAACAGACUCAUGGACUGACUGCGUUUUGUCCGUAAAUGGGCGAACAGGAAGGACACAACCUUCACGGAGAACAACGAAUGUAAAGGCUCUUGCACGUGGAACCCUGCUUCCCUAACCCUAACAGGGUCACGACCCCAAACUACCAUUAAUCCCUCCGGGGACACGACCCCAAACUAACGUAAACCAUGGAACCCUUGUGGGGUCACGACCCCAAACGACCAUGAAACCUAGAACCUUUGUGGGGUCACAACCCCAAACUACCAUGAAACCUAGAACCCUUGUGGGGUCAUUGCCCCAAACUACCAUAAAUCCUAGAACCCUUGUGGGGUCAUGACCCCAUACUACCACAAACCAUAGAACCCUCGGGUCUCAACCCCAAACUACCAUGAACAAUAGAACCCUUCUGGGGUCAUUGCCCCAAACUAUCAUAUACCAUAGAACCCUUGUGAGUUCACAUCUUACUUUUGGUUUUGCUGAACCCUUGGUUGAACCCUCUUAACUCCCGGGGCGACCAGAGGACGCUGGGCUGUGGGUCCUCCCCUCAUGUUAGCGUUGAGCUGAUAAAGAAGCCGCUGACGCCCGGCCUGAGAUCGAGGUCAGUCCCCGCUCUGUGCCUGUCCGGCCUCGUCUCUUCUCUUGCCUUGGAAACCUCUGCUUUACCCACAAUGCCGCAGUCCACCCUGCUCCUGCUCCGAUCAAUAAUAAACGCAGUAUACGAUC